GUAGUAGGUUGAUAAACACACCGUGCAUCUAUUGGCCUCAAGCACUCCAGCUAGUAAUCGGAAACAUUGGCGGACUGAACUUUCUGUAGCAAACGACUAAGCAUUACCAUCACAGGCACAAUGGAGAAGCUCAGAGCACAGCUCGUUGAGAAGAAUGUGACCAACCUCAGACGGCUUGGCAGGAAAUUUCGAAUCAUGGAUGACGACCGUAGCGGCUCGCUGUCCCUUGAGGAGUUCACAAAAGGCAUCCGUGAUAUGGGGAUUGACAUGAGUUUCGAAGAAAUCAAUGCUGUAAUGAAGACAUUGGACAAAGACGGAUCAGGAAGUCUCAACAUAGACGAGUUUUUGGAAGCUGCAAGGCCACCCAUGUCCGAGUACAGGAAGAAUUUGAUCGAGGCCGUCUUUAAGAAAGCCGACAAGAGCGGCGAUGGUUUCAUCACCCCAGUCGACUUGAAGGGUGUGUUCAACGUCUCCUGGAACCCGGCCUUUAAGAGCGGGAAGAAGACGGAGGAGCAACUUUUCGAAGAGUUUUUAAAUACCUUUGAGCCCGACCAAGCUACCAGAGACGGGAAGGUGACACUUGCGGAGUUCAUGAGCUACUACGCAAGCAUCGGCCAAGCUUUUCCUGAAGAUGCAGACUUCGAGGAAAUGAUGAAAUCAUACUGGGGAGUCUAAAGCACGAGAAAGCUCAACUGGACCACGAAAAAAGAAUCCAUGUACAAAAAAGGCUCAUGAUAAAACCAGGGAAAGGCUCAAAUAUAAAACUAGGGAAAAGGCUCCACGAUAAAACCAUGGGAAAUGCUCCAAGAUAAAACCAUGGAAAGGGCUCCAAGAUAAAAACCAUUAGAAAGGCUCCAUGAUAAAAACCAUUAGAAAGGCUCCAUGAUAAAUUGAGUGAAAGGGAUCCAUGAUAAAACCAGGGAAAAGGCUACAUGAUAGAACUGGGAAAAGGCUCCAUGAUAGAACUGGGAAAAGGCUCCAUGAUAGAACUGGGAAAAGGCUCCAUGAUACAUUUAAGGAAAAGGCUCUAUGAAAUUUCUGGAAAAGGAUCCAUAGGGAAAAGGCUUCAUAAUAAACCAUUGGUAAAGGCUUUACAGUCGAACAACUGAAAAUCUCCAUGAUAAAACAACUACAGACAAAAAGUAGUCGAUGCAUUAUAAAUCGAAGCUAUACGAACUUAAGUCUAGCACUGCGAAAGUUUAUUAAUCAACUAGUUUUAUACAGAUUUGUACUUUUAAAAGCUUAAAAAACCCGCCCUUUUGAAAAGCGCCCAAUUUCAGCCCCAAUAAUGUAACUGAAUUCUAUUUUACAAAGACUGACUAAGCCAAUAAAUACUUUAGACCUUGCCAAAGAAAAUCAACAUUGGUUGUGUAUUGUUUGUCUAACAAAAUGUUUUCAAAAUCACCGUAUAAUCAAUUGAUCAGAAUAUUGUAAAACAAUUUCUUGACAACAGAAAGAAAAACUUUGAAUGGUAUAAACAUAAAAAUGGUCUUUCUUCAUACACCUUCAAAUGUCGAGGGCUCUGAAAUAUUCGGGAGAAUAAACAUUUUAUAGCUAACAACGUCUUGUUUAGAAUUUUGAUUUGUGCUCAAUAAGAAACACUUUCGCUUUCAUGCACGAAACACCAAAUAGAAUUUGUUUGUUCGUGUAGUGUAUAGUUGUUAUAAAAGUGUAUAUUAUUUCAAUUGGAUUUUGUCAAGUUCAUAUAAUUAAGUAGAUAUGUUUAUUUGCAUCAGUUAUAUUUCAUAAUAUUGGAGUUGUUGCCCUACACCCGAUGUGUCAUGUGCAUUAUAGACCAACCACAGCUUUCCAUUUUGAUUGGUAUAAGCACUCCUGUGGCGCAUCUGGAACUCUCUCCAACUUAAUCUUAGAUCCUGUCUUUGUACCGCAAAAUUCAAAUCUCUUCUCAAAACUUAUCUAAUGUCACAGGUUUUCAAGGACUAAUUUUGCUGAGUCAAUAAUGUUUAUAGCGAGUUUAAACCCGGCCUUACUGAUACUGCGACCAAUAUUUAAUAGAACCAUUAUUGUAUUACUGACAGUUUUAAACCAAGACUGACGUCAGAAAAGAAGAAUAAAUCAGUUU